GUACAAUAUUAUCUGUGAGUCUAUGGCCACCUUUAGGCUGAAAUAUUCCUGCUAGUUACUUGGUGCAGUUACUGCAUUGAGGGAUUAGUCAGAUAUGACAGCCCUUUGACAAUGCAGAUUAGUGUAACGCCCAGUUAGUUCCAUUGUUUCAGGCAUUUUUUGUUGACUAAUUACACCAAUCCCUGAUUCUGGGGAGGGGGGUUUAAAUAUGUGUGGACAAUACAGAGAAUUUCAGUUUCAGUAAUCUGGGAAAGAGGAAAGCCCAACGUUGACUUACUAUGGAAAAGACACCCUAUUUAGUAGAAUGGCUUUCAAAGAGCAGUCAGCGGAAACCACUUAAUAUCAACAUGGACCUGUCAGGAUAUAACCUUGGAGAUCCAGAUUUUAACAAGUAAUGCAGGACCACAUUAUCAUCAAGGCCUGGGAACUUAAGGUCCACAACGUCUUCAGCAAACUCAAAUAAAAAGGAAAAUUGUGGCUUAAGGAAUGUUCUUAAUGAACAUGGAAGAAUAUCUGUUGCUGUUCAAAUAAAAUCACAGACAUCAUUGCAAGAGUCUGAGAUACCCCAAAAGGUCUUCAAGGAAGUGCAGCCCACUGACCAGGUUGACCGGGCCACAAACAUCACUGACAGCAGAAAGGAAUCGUCAUCUUUAUCUGAUGAAGAACAUGUUUCCAAAGGCCGCACCAAAUUCGCCCCUGAGCAGCUGGAGGAACUUGAAAGAAGCUUCAGAGAGAACCGAUACAUUGGAUCCAAUGAGAGAAGGCAGCUGUCCAAGGUGCUGAAACUCUCAGAGCGCCAGAUUAAAACCUGGUUUCAGAACCGAAGGAUGAAGUUCAAGCGACAAAGCCAAGAUACAAGGGUUGAAGCUUUCUUUUCAAGCCUUUAUACGCCUUCCUACAAUUAUCCAGAGCUUUCAGCACCUGCAUAUUCCGUACAGCCGGAACUCCCUGCUUUGGUGCCUCCCCCAGUGGCAACCUCAGUCCCACCUUUCAGUUGUAUUUACCCUGCUCUUACACCUGGAGUCCGCCAGCCAAUCAUGCCUUCUAAUUUAUAUCUGUGCUCUUCCAUGCCUGUUUAUUCUAUGCUGAGAGCUCCAACUCGACAGAGACACAACCCAUACGCACGUUAACACGUUCUUGGAGUACCAUUUGCUAUUUUUGAAAGCAUUGUUAGUUAUUCUUCAAAGUGCAGCACAGAAUUGUUUGAAGGCCACAACUUAUUUACAGUACAGACUAGAAAUUUUAGGUGGAAAUAUUACACCGCAUUCCUUAAAGCCAACAGAAAUAGCCUAUGACGAAGCAAGGCAUCACACCCUGGCACUUUCAUAUGAAACAAAGCAUGUUAGUUUUUUUUGGAACUUGAUUAAUGCCUUGUUGUCAAUUAUGUACAUUUCUUUGCAAUUAAAUACAAAAUAAUAGUAUCUGUUCUAUUUCAGAACUAUCAUGUUUACAUUGAGAUGAUGGUGAUCAUCAUCAUCAUCAUCACAAUCAUCAUUAUUUAUUCAUAUAGUACCAGCAGGUUAUGCAGCAUUUUUCAAUAAUGUGUAAUACUAUUUUGGGCUAUUAAGACCAACGGGGUUAAUGUUCAGCUAGGGCAUUAGAGCAUGGGUUACAUUUGACUCUAACACUUAAGGCAGGGCCUUCACAAAGUGGAACGAAAUGAAGUUGUGUUGUAAUACAACUACAACUCCCACAGGCCACUGUGCAUAAAAAGGAUAAAAAAAAGGACUCUAGGAGGUUCUUGCAGUGAAACAACAGGAAUAGUUUAUUUGUCAAAGACAAAUGAUCCACAGGAUUAUUUACAGUCCAAAGAGGCAUAGGCAGAAUAGAUAUUCACAAGGCUAGGACAGGUUGAUGAGACAGCUGAAU